AUGGCCCAACUGUACUACAAAAAGGUCAACUACUCACCAUACCGGGACCGCAUCCCCCUGCAAAUCGUGAGGGCUGAGACAGAGCUCUCUGCAGAGGAGAAGGCCUUCCUCAAUGCCGUGGAGAAAGGGGACUAUGCCACAGUGAAGCAGGCCCUACAGGAGGCCGAAAUCUACUACAAUGUCAACAUCAACUGCAUGGACCCUCUGGGUCGGAGCGCCCUGCUUAUUGCCAUUGAGAACGAGAACUUGGAGAUUAUGGAGCUACUGCUGAACCACAGCGUGUAUGUGGGCGAUGCAUUGCUCUAUGCCAUCCGCAAGGAAGUGGUGGGUGCUGUGGAGCUUCUUCUCAGCUACCGACGGCCCAGUGGAGAGAAGCAGGUCCCCACUCUGAUGAUGGACACUCAGUUCUCAGAGUUCACACCGGACAUCACUCCUAUCAUGCUGGCUGCCCACACCAACAACUAUGAAAUCAUCAAAUUGCUUGUCCAAAAACGGGUCACUAUCCCACGGCCCCACCAGAUCCGCUGCAACUGUGUGGAGUGUGUGUCCAGUUCAGAGGUAGACAGCCUGCGCCACUCUCGCUCCCGGCUGAAUAUCUAUAAGGCUCUAGCAAGUCCCUCACUCAUUGCCUUAUCAAGUGAGGACCCUAUUCUAACUGCUUUCCGCCUGGGCUGGGAACUCAAGGAGCUGAGCAAGGUGGAAAAUGAAUUCAAGGCUGAGUAUGAAGAGCUCUCCCAGCAGUGUAAGCUCUUUGCCAAAGACCUGCUGGACCAAGCUCGGAGCUCCCGGGAACUAGAGAUCAUCCUCAACCAUCGAGAUGACCACAGUGAAGAGCUUGACCCUCAGAAGUACCAUGACUUGGCCAAGCUGAAGGUGGCAAUCAAAUACCACCAGAAAGAGUUUGUUGCUCAGCCUAAUUGCCAACAGUUACUUGCCACCCUGUGGUACGAUGGCUUCCCUGGAUGGCGGCGGAAACACUGGGUAGUCAAGCUUCUGACCUGCAUAACCAUUGGGUUCCUGUUUCCCAUGCUGUCCAUUGCCUAUUUGAUCUCACCCAAGAGCAACCUUGGACUGUUCAUCAAGAAACCCUUUAUCAAGUUUAUCUGCCACACAGCAUCUUAUCUGACCUUCCUCUUCAUGCUUCUUCUGGCUUCUCAGCAUAUUGUCAGGACAGAUCUCCAUGUACAAGGGCCACCUCCAACUGUCGUGGAAUGGAUGAUAUUGCCUUGGGUUUUAGGUUUCAUUUGGGGGGAAAUUAAGGAAAUGUGGGAUGGUGGAUUUACUGAAUACAUUCAUGACUGGUGGAACCUGAUGGAUUUUGCAAUGAACUCACUCUACUUGGCAACUAUUUCCUUGAAGAUUGUGGCCUAUGUCAAGUAUAAUGGUUCUCGUCCAAGGGAGGAAUGGGAAAUGUGGCACCCAACCCUGAUUGCAGAAGCACUCUUUGCAAUAUCCAACAUUUUAAGUUCAUUGCGUCUCAUAUCCCUGUUCACAGCCAACUCCCACUUAGGGCCUCUGCAGAUCUCUUUGGGGCGCAUGCUGCUGGAUAUCCUCAAAUUCCUCUUUAUCUACUGCCUAGUACUGCUGGCCUUUGCCAACGGAUUGAACCAACUUUACUUUUAUUAUGAGACCAGAGCUAUCGAUGAGCCUAACAACUGCAAGGGGAUCCGAUGUGAGAAACAGAACAAUGCCUUCUCCACGCUCUUUGAAACCCUUCAGUCACUCUUCUGGUCUGUAUUCGGCCUUUUAAAUCUCUAUGUCACUAAUGUGAAGGCCAGACAUGAAUUCACAGAGUUUGUGGGAGCCACCAUGUUUGGGACGUACAACGUCAUCUCCCUGGUAGUGCUACUGAACAUGCUGAUCGCCAUGAUGAACAACUCCUACCAGCUUAUUGCUCAAUCCCCAGCUGACAGCCUGCAAGGAUACUUCCAAUACAAUGAAGUUAUCAGAAAUUUAGUCAAAAGAUAUGUAGCUGCUAUGAUAAGAAAUUCCAAAACAAAUGAGGGAUUGACAGAAGAGAAUUUUAAGGAAUUAAAGCAGGACAUCUCCAGCUUCCGGUAUGAAGUGCUUGACCUCUUAGGAAAUAGAAAACACCCACGGAGAAGCUUUUCCACUAGCAGCACUGAACUCUCUCAAAAGGAUGACACCAAUGAUGGCAGUGGUGGAGCUCGGGCCAAAUCCAAAAGUGUCUCUUUCAAUUUAGGCUGCAAGAAAAAGGCCUGCCACGGGCCACCUCUCAUCAGAACCAUGCCAAGAGCCAGUGGUGCCCAAGGGAAGUCAAAAGCUGAGUCAUCAAGCAAACGCUCCUUCAUGGGUCCUUCGCUCAAGAAACUGGGUCUCCUGUUCUCCAAGUUUAACGGUCAUACGUCUGAACCCAGUUCAGAGCCAAUGUACACAAUUUCUGACGGAAUCGUUCAGCAGCACUAUAUGUGGCAGGACAUCAGAUAUUCUCAGAUGGAGAAAGGGAAAGCAACGGCUUGUUCUCAAAGUGAAAUUAACCUCAGUGAGGUAGAAUUAGGCGAAGUGAAGGGCGCUGCUCAGAGCAGGGAAUGCCCUCUUGCCUGUUCCAGCUCUCUUCACUGCACAUCCACCAUUUGCUCCUCAAAUUCUAAACUUUUAGACUCCUCAGAGGAUGUAUUUGAAACUUGGGGAGAGGCCUGUGACUUGCUUAUGCACAAAUGGGGUGAUGAACAGGAAGAACAAGUUACAACUCGGCUCUAA